GGCAACUGGAAGUCGAGACCCCUCAGGGUCGAGCUCUGGAACCCUGAACAGCAAAACAGUACCCCCUGGGAGAAGAAAGCUGUAUAGCGCUGUUCCUGGCAGAUUGUUUGUGGUCAUCAAAUCUUACCAAGCACAAACAGAAGGAGAAAUCUCACUGAGCAAAGGAGAAAAGGGAAAAGUGCUCAGUAUCGGGGAAGGAGGAUUCUGGGAAGGCACGGUCAAAGGUCGGACCGGUUGGUUUCCUUCGGAAUGCGUCGAGGAGGUGAAAACCCACGAGACGAAACAAGAGAGUCGCAGUGAAAAAGCAAAAAGGCUUUUUCGUCAUUACACUGUGGGGUCCUACGACAGCAUGGAGGCACCCAGCGAUUAUAUUAUCAAAGAAAAAACCGUGCUUUUGCAGAAAAAAGAUAAUGAAGGAUUUGGUUUUGUACUGAGAGGCGCUAAAGCUCAGACCCCUAUUGAAGAAUUUACCCCAACUCCUGCCUUCCCUGCCCUCCAGUAUUUAGAAUCUGUGGACGAAGGGGGCGUGGCCUGGAGAGCCAAUCUACGAAUGGGAGACUUCCUCAUUGAGGUCAACGGUCAGAAUGUGGUCAAAGUCGGACACAGACAAGUGGUCAAUAUGAUCAGGCAGGGGGGCAAUAAUCUGCUGCUGAAGGUCGUCAUGGUAACCAGGAACCCCGAAAUAGAAGAAGCGUCACGAAAGAAAGUAACCCAACAAAGCAAAAAAUUGCCUCCCCCUGCAAUAUCUCUUCGAUCCAAAUCGAUGACCUCAGAACUUGAAGACAUGGCGUCUCCAUGGAAGAAAAAGACAGAUUACGAUUCAAACCAAACGACAGAAAAGAAAAGGACUGUCUACCAAAUGGCACUGAAUAAACUCGAUGAAAUCUUGGCAGCUGCCCAGCAGACGAUCAGCGCUAACGAGAGUUCGGGGUCACGGGGUCACGUGACCGCUGGGAAACGAGAUCGGGCGCCGGGGCGAGGGUUUUUUUCGACGGAGCCCAGUUUUGACCAGUCCGGGAUUGGGGUGAUGUCAUCGAGUUCUGGGGUCCCCUACGAGCGCCCCUCGUUCCUCUCAGGGAACCCCCAUCAUGCUGGUAUGAUGUUACGUCAAAAAUCUAUCGGAAUCACCGAAGAGGAGAAACAGUUUCUGACCCCUCCACCAGCGAAGAUCACUCGAAGCCUUUCUGUCCCGGGAUCUGAAGACAUCCCCCCUCCCCCAACCACAGCCCCCCCCGAACCUCCUUACACCCCCGGACCCUCCACGGGCUGGGGGGGGGGAGGAGGAGGAGGAGGGGGCAGAGAGCAACACUACCAGCAGCCUUACCUCCCCUCUCUCCAUUCAGCCAACCAGUUCACCCAGCCGGCGCAGUCAAUGGGACGCAGCCAGAACGCCGACCCCAAAUCUCAAAGGGGCCCCAAAGGGGGAUCCGGACAGCCCCCCAAACACCCGGGGGGCAGAGCGGAGCUGCCCAAAUCCGGGGGUCCCGGUCUGGGGGAGAGGGAGAGACUGAGGAGGUCUCACAGCAAUGUCCAGCCAGAGGCUCCUCAGCAGCACACAGGUGAGCCAGCGGGUGAUUACAAAAACAGAUUACAGAUUACUUCUGAUAGAUUACAGGGGCUCGGUUCAAGGUGCUUUCUCUGCGCUAAAGAACUACAGCUCCCAGCAUCCCUCGCUGUCAGGGCAGGAGGAGGGGGAGGGGGAGGGGGAGGGGGAGGGGGAGGGGGUGCAGGGGGGCGCCCCAGCUCCAGCAGUGGGGGCAGCGGUGGGAUCAAUCCGUACUCCUCCAAGCCCCAAAGGAGGAAAGCACAGCUGGUGAAGCAGGGGAAGGUGGAAGGAGGGACGCUGGGAGAGAGGGGAGGAGGAGGAGGAGGAGGAGAGAGGGGAGGAGAUAGAGGUGAGAGGGGAGGAGAGAGGGGAGAGAGAGGAGGUGAGAGGGGAGGAGAGAGGGGAGAGAGAGGAGGUGAGAGGGGAGGAGAGAGAGGAGGAGAGAAGGACCUCAGAAAGCUAACCCCACAGCAGCCUCGUCAUCACCACAGCCUGAGUGCGCAGCCCUCCUUGGAGAAGAGCUCCAUCGCCAUCCCCACCAUCAUCAUCAAAGCGCCGUCCACCAGCAGCAGCGGCAAGAGCAGCCGGGGCAGCAGCGUGGAGAUCGAGCCCCUGAACGAGGCGGCCGCCCAGCCCGGCCCACGCUCCCGGGGAAGCAGCGUGGAUUACACCAGCCAGUUCGGGGCCGCCAUCGUAGGGGCGGCCAGGAGAGACCGAGAGAGGUUCCAGGAAGCCAGGCGAAAAUCCUCGUCCCUCUUCCUGUCCACCGACGAGGAGUCCAGCCCUCAGCCGCCCCCAUCCCCCCGGCUGCGCCCCUCCAAAUCCAUCGACGAGGGCAUGUUCUCUGGAGACAGCUACUUCCAGCAGGGGCGGGGCGGGCCCCCGGAUCACUUCGGGCCCCUGGCACACCCCUCUGAGCCCCGUUCCGUCCCCGCGGAUUUCUACGGCCGGGCGACGGCUUUCAUCCACCCGCUGACCGGGAAGGUGCUGGACCCCUGCUCCCCCCUCGGGCUGGCUCUGGCGGCCAGGGAAAGGGCUCUGAAGGAGGGCGGGGCCGCGGGGGGAGGGGGAGGGGCCCCGGAAGAGAGGGAGAGGGGGAGAGGAAGAGGGCGGAGGGGGGAAGGAGGAGCGAGAGAAAGGACUUCCUCCCAGCCGGCUUUGGUCCCUUCUCGUCAGCGGGGUGCGGAGCAGCAGCAGCAGCAGUCGGCCGCGUGGAUUUCGAGACCUCAGUCGCCCAGGAAUUUCGGGGUCCCCCCUGGGGGCAGGUGGGACCGGAGGGAGAGCGGAGAAGGGGGCGGCCGGGGCUCCUCCCGGGUGCGGUUUUCGGAAGACGAGGAGCUGAAACGGAAAGGGGACGAGGACAGACAGCGGCGCCCGUCCUGCAGCAACAACGGAGAGGCGCCGAAAGACCCCACAGCCGGCGGCGCCGUGGGGGGAGGCAAAGGGGGCCUGGGGCUGAUGGUCCUGCCCCCCCCGGCCCCCUCGGUCGACGCGGACGACGAGUUCGUUUUCGGGGACCCCCUCCCGCCCCCCUUGGAGUUCGCCAACAGCUUUGACCGCGGCAACAGCCAUCGCCCGUCCGCCUUGAGAACUUCCGAGGAUCCGCCCCCGUCCCUCUCCUCGAUCCUCCCUCCGCCCCCUCCCCUCCCCCUCGCCUCCCUGACCCUCGGCAGCACCCCCCCGUCCUCCGCCACCCCCCUGCCCUCCCCGACCCACCCCCCCUCGCCCCACGCCGGAGAUUCAACCGCCUCCAGCCUGACCUCUUACGACAGCGAGGUGGCCAACUUGACUCAAGCCCCUCCUCCUUCUUCUUCUUCGUCUGCCACCCACCAAUCCGCCGGCCGGAAUCUCGGAGCUGACUCCUCCCCCCCUGUGCAGGCUCCUCCUCCUCCUCCUCCCUCCCAGCCCCCUGCUAAAGAGGCCCACGUCAAUUUUUCCGACGUGGUUUGCUCAAUUCAGAUCGCUCCGACUUCGCAAGGGGAGAACGUGGAAACGGUGACCGAUUCUGGCAUCGAGGAGCUGGACAGCCGGAGCAGCAGUGACCACCACCUAGAAACGGUCAGCAGCUUCUCCACCUUGUCCAGUUUGUCUGGUGGAGGGGGAGGGGGAGGGGGAGGGGAGGGGGCGGAGCUCCUGGACUCCUACCUCGCCUAUCUGGACGGCCAGUCCUUCGAAAUGGACAAGCCCCCCUUCCCGACGCACCCCCAGAAACAGCGCCCCAGACCUCACUGCCCGACCAGGACGCUGGGAAGGCAUCCCACGGCUACCACCAACGACAGUUCGUCCCAGGCCAAUUUCGGAGCUCCAGAGAGGCCCAAGACGCCCGACCGGAAGCAGGUGUGGGCCCCCCACCCUGACGAGUCGGCGCCCCCCCAGCCGCAGCCCCAGCCGUCCCUGUAUUUCCACCCCCCACCCCCGGCCCACGUUCUCAAGGGAGGAGCCAUGUCCAGCAUGAAGGCCAGUAUUAUCAAUGAGCUCAGUACCAAACUGCAGCUGAUGGGAGGGGAGACGUGGACCAGACCAUCUCUGGAUUCAGCAGGGGGGGGGACGGGCUCCUUGGGAUCGCAGCAGCGGAUUGGCAACAGGCACAGACUCUCCCAAGAUUCCCCAACCCUCAGCCCCCCCCAAAAGCCCUCCCCCUGCCCCUCCCCCCCUCCCACCUUCCAGUCCUGGUCUCCCCCUAAACCCCAAUCCCCCCUCGCCUCCCCCUACUCCCCCACGGCUCCCCCCCUCUCCUACCUCCCCAGCUCCCCUGCCCCCCCUCACCACAGACCCCCUCACCGUCACAAAGCCCUCGACUUCCAUCACGUGUCCCGUUCGGUGGAGCGCGUCUCCAGCCCCGCACGACACCGGAGGUCUCCCCUCCCGCUCGCAUCCCAGCUCCCCCAGUCGAACCGACCCCCGCCCAGCCCCCCGCGCCCCUCCUCCCUCCCCCUCCUCCCCUCCUCCUCCUCCCCCCCGCUCUACCCCUCCCUCUUCGACCUGCGGGGCUCCCCUGCCCAUCGCCGGCAGCUGGGGGACCCCUAUUUCUCCCCCUCGCCCCCUCUCCUCCCAGAACCCUCUUUUUCCUCGUCCCGCUCCCUCUCCCCGACCCACUUCCUGUCGGAGGCUCCUCCCCCUUCCCCUCUCCUCCUCCUCUCUCCUCUCCUCUCCCCCCCCGACAAGCCCUUCUCCUCCAAGCCCCUCCCGUACUGGUCCAAGUUCGACGUCGCGGACUGGCUGGAGUAUUUGAACCUGGCGGAACACCGGGAGCGUUUCCUCGACAACGAGAUCGACGGGUCGCAUCUGCCCUCGCUCAGCAAAGAGGAUUACUGCGAUCUGGGAGUGAACCGGGUGGGGCACCGAAUGAAUAUAGAGAGAGCUCUGAAGAGAGUGCUGGAGAGGUGAUAGAGAGAGAAGAGGAGAGAGAGGAGAGGGGGAGAGAGGAGAGAGGAGAGAGAGGAGAGGAGAGAGGA